AUGCAGAAUUUCUACGAGGAUUCUCGGCUAAUCAAACAAAGAAUCUUCUCCGCCUGGCAGACUAGAUUUCAAUAUUUUCCCAGGUUGUAUAGGGUUUUGCCCCUGCCUGCUGGUCAAUCUCCAAAUGGCUUCUUUGUAUUCGAGUCAGCUUGGACAAAUUUUUUUAUAAACACUCUCAGUUUCUUGUUGGUUGGCCAUGUUAUUGGGUCAUGCUGGUACCUCCUUGGCUUACAGAGGGUUAAUCAAUGUCUUCGAGAUGCCUGCCAUAACUCUAAUCUGCAGUCAUGCGGGAGUUUAAUAGAUUGUUUUAAUGCUGAAUCUAUUCCAGAGUCAACUAAAUGGAGAGAAAAUGAGGAGGCUGCUGCUUGUUUUAAUCCGGAAGGAGAUUUCUCCUAUGGAGUAUAUACUCCAGUUGUCAAUCUCACUACAAGAGAUAGCAUGACUAAAUAUUUAUACUCACUGUUUUGGGGAUUCCAGCAAAUCAGCACUCUGGCAGGAAAUCAAACUCCAAGCUAUUUUAAUGGAGAAAUUGUUUUUACCAUGGUAAUUAUUGGACUGGGACUCUUCUUCUUUGCUCUUCUAAUUGGAAAUAUGCAGAAUUUUCUUCGGUCUCUUGGACGGAGAGCUGUCAUAAGCAUGGAGUGAUGUUGAUACUUUACUCCAUAAGCGAGUUUAGUAAACUUUACGCAUCCACAGGAAGUAUGAUUGCAUGGCCUAUCAAGUACGUCAAAGUGAAUUAGGCAUUUCGGAGGUAAAAGUUGGCAUCAAGCAUAAUAUGAAGAUGUUUAAAAGGCCACAGGAUGGGUCACUAGCUAUAUAUUUAUCUCGUGCAAUUAACAAAGACAAUGGAAAUCUAAGAUGCUCUCUGUUAAUCUAGAAUGUUUUAGAUUUUAGCAUGGUGAUGAUAUGUUGGUUUAGUUAAGUUGUUUUUGUACAAUACUCAAUUGUU